CUCUGCAGAACCAACUCUUUUAUGCUAAGCGGAGUUAUCCAUAGACUAGCUGCCCACUAGCUCCACAAGCGCCUACUUUGGAAGCGUCUCAGUUGCUUUUGGUAGAUCCCCAAGCCGUUCCAGCCAGUUACAGGGCCCAUUCAAUACACGCAAGGCUCUGUGGGACUCGCUUGGCAGCGCUACGGCCUUACCCACGGACGACUCCAGUUUUGUCACUCCUUCCAUUACGCAUACCCCUCCGUUCACAUAUAAGGACUGUCCUCGGCCUCUCGGUCACUUCCCCACAACACACAAACACCACACUCCAACAAAUCCAUCCUUAUCACCUACAAAACUCAUUCACCUUAAGCCAACAAACAAUCACUUCUCUACCCAACAUCAACAUCCAUCCUGGCGCAAUGGCUUCCACCCGCCCAACCUACCACAUCCCCUUCCCCACGUCGUUUCUCGCUGUCAACACUCCCAUCAAGAAAACCGUCGCAGCUGUACCUGCCACAGAGCCCCUCGUGUCUGCUCACGGGUUUCUUUCCAACCGACAGAACAGCGGACGUCAUCAGUCCGUAUCCUCCAUCUCCAGCAACGCAAGCAUCGGAGCUCCGCCCUCAGAGGCUAGUACUCUCAGCCCGCCAUCUUCUCCCACCGCCACAAAACAUGACGAUUCACCAAUCCUUGGCCUUAAGAUAUUCUCUCCUCUUGCGGUUAAUGCGAAGUAUGCUGCCCCGCCGGGCAGCCUUAAGGAGAUGAGCGCUGCUGAGCGACGGAGGCGCAUGAGCUUCGAGAGGUCGGCUUUCUUGUCCAACAUCGAAUAGAUGCUUCUUAUGCAGGCCGGUAGCUACGAGAGCAGCUUGGCCUACACUGUCCAGGCAACAACUUUCAGUUGCAACAUGCGGCACCUUGAGCUUUAAUAGCGAGAAAGCUGUGCUACCAAAAGCAACUUGCUGCAUAGGCGUUUACGAUGUUACGAUACCAUUUCCUCUUGUUUUCUUUAUCCUUUCAAAAGUCGAUAUCAACAUGACAAAAAAUCACUCGCGGCUCGGUGGUUUAUGGGUGGGGACGGCAUGCAUAGGCGUUUUGAUUCAUUUGUGGAGUUCCAGCUAGGGCUAGGAAUUAGCGGGC